UUCUUCAAUGUCAUGGCCGUAAUAGAGGGCGCAUUUUCAAAAUAAGUAGAAAACAAAUUCAAAGGAUUAAUACAAAAAAAACAAUGCCAAAUGAUGAAAGAUUUCUUGUAAGUGGCUGGGAAGAUGAUUUAAAUGAUAUAGAUUACGAGAAGCAUCCUCAUGAAACACCAGAGAAAGAAAUACUUUGGGCUGCAGAAAAUGGGGAGCUAGAAGUCGUUAAGUCUCUAGUUUUGAAGGAUCCCGGUUUGGUAAAUGUCGCUGACAAGGAUGGGUACACACCACUUCAUCGGGCAUGUUAUAAUAAUCAUGUGGAAGUAGUGGAAUUUCUUUUGGAAAAUGGGGCUGAUAUUUCUGCAAAAACACUUAUGUUGUGGCAGCCUCUGCAUUCGGCUUGCCAAUGGAACCAUAAAGAGUGUGUUUUACGAUUAAUUCAGCACGGUGCUGAUGUAAAUGCAGCUAGUGAAGGAGGACAAACACCUCUACAUAUAGCAACUUCUCAUGGUACUUCAUAUGAAUCAGUCCAGUUACUGUUAAUGCAUCCAUAUAUAAAUCCAAAUAUUCUUAACAAUAAUAAGGAGACCCCAUUUGAUAUUGCUAAAAGAGCCUCAAAUUACUAUAAGAUGUUUGAAAUGACGAAUCCUGCAUUUAAUGGAAUAAGAAAGACUACAGGAAAUAUAAAAUAAAAGUCAUAAAAAUAAAAUGAAAUCGUCAAUAUUAGAAAUAGAAGCACAGGUAAAAGUUAAGUCAAAAUUUUUAACACAAAAAGAGACAAGUACAAAUAUUUAUUUUGAAAGCUUGUUUUUUAAAGUAGUUUGGUCCUUUUCAGUGUUUUAAUUAAUAA